CACGUUAGUUCGUGGUUGUCAAUUUGGCAACAAAUGUCAGUUUUUGUUAGGUUAACCUAUUUCUGUUUAUCAUACAAGAUUUGAAAUGUAAAUCUUUAUAUAUCACUAUAAAUUGUAUUCAUUUAAUUAUUUUGUUUGUAAUGUGUCAUUAUAUUGAUGCAGUGAAGAUGCUCGUGAGGUUGUGUUAGAUUGUUAUUGAAUUGUUGCCCUUUGAUAAUGUCUCCAAAAUGCAUUUCCAAGAAAACUUCCAGUUCCUUUAUGAAACAUCACUAACUACAUGAGGUAUCAAGAGGAUGAAGAAAUGAUAAUGUCACUGAAAGAUUGGAGGCAAGCACUGCGCACCCCUCCUACUUACAGAGUUGGAAACAGCACAUUGCGCAUUCAAACUACUUUUGUUACCAUAAUAGCUUUACUAGGCUUAUUUAUACUUUUAAUUUUGUAUACUACAUCUAAAAAAAAUCCUAAAAUAGUGGGAUAUGGUCUUGGCAGCAACGAUAUAUACAGAAACCACUAUUUCCCCCAGCCACAUGAAAGGCUGGAAAGAAUAACACGCUAUGAUAGUGUUGAUGAGUAUUACAAUGCUACAUACCCUUUGACUCCUCCAAUCAACACCCCAAGUGGGGUCAAGUACCGUAUCGGUAUUAUUAGUGAUUUAGAUACUAAUUCGAAGAGCAAGCUGGAAUCAAAUACCUGGAUCAGCUACUUCAAAACUGGCCAUCUAAUGUGGCUCCCGAGUACAAGUUCCAUUACAGUUGUAUGGGAUAGAACGGAUCCCAUUGAAUUGAAAUCAACAUUCGGACAAAGUGGACGAGGCAUGGAGUUAUCAGAGUUAGUUGUGUUCAAUGGUAAACUGUUAUCAUUUGAUGAUCGGACAGGUUUAAUUUAUGAAAUUAAUUUAGACUCAAAUAUUGCUAUUCCUUGGGUGCUACUAAUAGAUGGGAAUGGAAUGACCACUAAAGGCUACAAGAGUGAGUGGGCGACAGUGAAAGGACACAAAUUGUAUGUGGGCAGCAUGGGGAAGGAGUGGACCACCAGUGGGGGGGAGCUCCAAAACCUCAACCCUAUGUGGGUGAAGGUAGUCACAACCUCAGGCCAGGUCACACAUCUCAACUGGGAGGAGCAAUACAAGACACUACGAAGAGCUGUAGGUGUGGAGUUUCCUGGAUAUGUGAUCCAUGAAUCUGGGGUUUGGAGUGAGGUCCAUCAACGAUGGUUCUUUCUUCCUCGACGACUCUCCAAAAAACGGUACAACGAUGAGACUGAUGAGUUUAUGAGCACCAACAUCUUGCUCAGCACCGACCAACACUUCAGCAAUGUUCAGGUAACUUACAUCGGAGAGGUAAUCCCAACCCACGGUUACUCCAGCUUUAAGUUCCUCCCAGCUACGGACGAUUCAGUCAUCAUAGCUCUGAAGUCAGAGGAGGAUAAGGGUCGAAGUGCCACUUAUAUCACCGCUUUCCAUAUUGACGGCAAGAUUCUUUUGCCUGAGAUCAAGGUGGCAGAUUUGAAGUAUGAAGGCAUCGAAUUCAUUUGAAACUUAAAGUUUACUCUGAAAACGCAUAAAUUAGUCAUUGUAAAGAGAUCAUUUUUAAACUUGUUUGUAUUAGUAACUCGUUAUCGUUUUUACAAUUUGUCAACUUGACCAUUUAGGUAAAUUUACUCAGUUUUUGUUCUAUUAUUCUUAUAGAAAUAUUUAUUCCAAAUUUAUUAAAAACCUGUAAGUUAUUUUGGAUUUUCAACGUUUAAUAUGUUUUACACUAAUGUUGAAUUUCUUUUACAAAUCUCCAAAAAACAAAUUUGUAUGGAAAUGGAUACAAUUUUCAAAUACUUAAGUAUUUUAUCAGUCUAUAAUCAUUGCUCAAAGUGAUGUGUUCGUUGCAUCAUGUUUUAUACAUUUAAAAGUCAAAUUUUUAAUAACAUAUGGAAUUUUGUAAAACUUAUUGCUGUAUAUGAGGCAAUUGUGUAUGCAUUAUUAGUUUAACAACUGCCUUGUUGUAGUUUUUUAAAAAUAAAAGUGUUAUUUUAAAAUCUAGUCCAUCAUGUAAUUUAAAUCAUUUUAUUAUUUUAUAAAACUAGAAAAAUAAUUAUUUAUAGUAAAGUGGAAUAUAUAAUUUAUGCGUAAAUAAAUAAUUUACUUCUUUGAACACUCUCAGUUGUGAGUAAAAAAAGUAAAUUUGUAAUAAAAACAAUUAUAACCAUAGGAUUUACCAACCAUAAAAUAUACAAUUAUAUGUUCUAUCAUUUUAUAUAGUUUGAAUGUCAUAAAUGGUAUGGAUAUGUACUUAAUUAUUUUUAUACCAGAUUUUUUGUAUCAAAAAAUUAUUUUUGUCUUAAAGAUAACAAAACACAAUUAUAUAAAAAUUAUUUACUCUGAAACCGUGAUGGUUCCUCCAUCAUAGGUACUCAAAUCACAAAACAGUGUUCUUUCAAAUAGCUAUGUGUUCUGUGUUGAGUUGAGAAAUUACAAAUUUGAAAUAUUAUUCCUGUGUUACGUUUAGAACUUUUCAUUGAAAUAUGUAAUUGAAGAAUUUAUUUUAGGUACAAUUAUUGUCUUAUGUUAUAUUAUUCUGACAUUUGGUUGAGUGACUGAUAGCAAGCAAGUUAUUCAUGUAAAACUAGCGUUUACUCAAAUUAAGUAACUAAACCAAUCUCAGUUUGGUUUUCAGUUUCAAUACUCAAGUAGAGAACUAAAAUAAAUUUUGAAUUCUUAAUAACUGUAACAAAAUAACUAUGUACUAUAUAUUCAUUAUAAGUAAUCUUAAAUAUAAUAUCAUGAGUGAAAGCAGAGUAUUUUUGCUACAUGAUAACAUAGUACCGGUACGUCCUGAUACAUUUCCAGAAUUAUUAAAUUCCAUACAUUUUUUUAAAAUUAAUGUAAAAUAACAUGUUUGUGAUUAAAUUUUCAAAGGUUAUUUUCAGAAAAACGUAUUGAAAUAAUUCCAAUAUUAAAUAAUAAUAGUAGUUAUUUAUUUAUUUAUUGUAAAAUACAGUCUUGAUUCUGACUAUUUGUUCUAUUAAUUUAUUCACAAUUAUUUAUUUGUUUGUAAAAUUACAUAUUUUUGUUAAAUA